UGAGGGCAGUUGUGACUCUGUGCUGGUUCCUCCCCGCUGCCAGGUGUGGGAUCCAUGGCAGGAGCCGUGCGCAUCGGGGACCAGCUCAUUCUGGAAGAGGAAUACAAUGAAUCCUACGUUCCUAUGGAGCAAGAAAUCCGGGAUUUUGCACCGACAAUCGGGAUCGACCCCGACAAGGAGUCGGAGCUGCUGUGGCUGGCCAGGGAGUGCCUGGUGACCCCGAUGCCCCCGGAGUGGAAAGCCUGCCAAGAUAUUGCGGGUGGUGACAUCUAUUUCUUCAACUUUGAAAACGGGCUCUCCACGUGGGAGCAUCCCUGUGAUGAGCACUACAAGCAGCUGGUGAUCCGGGAGAGGGAGAAGCUGCUGGCACGGGGCAGCUUGAAGAAAGAAAAGAAGGAGAAAAAAGAGAAGAAGGAAAAGAAGGACAAGAAAGAGAAGAAGGACAAGAAAGAGAAGAAGGACAAGAAGGAGAAGCAGUUCCUGAAGCAGCUGCCUCCCCCAGGCUCCCAGCUGGCUCCCAUCCAGCCUCCCCUGGGCACCCUCUCUCCUCUCCGUGGCCUCACCCCGUCUUCAUCCAUCGCCCUUCGUGGGUCCCUGAGCCUGGGCCUGGGGAAUGUGGUGGACUCCAGCCUCAUCCCCAAGGAAGGAAUUCCGCCUGCAGAGAUAUCGAGGCCCACCAGCCGCACCAAGAAUCUGCUGGAUUUGAUCUGUGAAGAGAAAAGUUCCUUGAACGUGGCAGUGCCAGAGAAAUGGAGAAAUGAAGAGGAAGACAGUGAAAAUGAGAGUUUCCAUGGGACCUCAGGACGGUUUAAAAAUGUGUACCUGAAUGUUGAAGCCCUGGCAGGCAGCUUUGACUUUGAGGAGAACAGCAAGGAGGAGCAGGAGGACCGUGGCAGCCCAUCAGCUGCUGCUGCUGAUGCUGCUGAAGCUGCUCCCCGGCCCCACGGGAGCCCUGAGGAGGAAGCUGCCAGCCUGGGAGAGAAGGAGUCUUUAAAAUCGAGGCAUCCUGAAGAAGUGCCAGAGUCUUCCUUGGAUUCUGGUGCUGCGUGCCCUCCGUCUCCGGUUCACAUCCUCCCCGGAGAUGCUGACAGCAGCCUGUCUGCCCAGAACAAGGAGCAGGAACUUGCUGGGGAUGAAGCUGGGCACAAAGAAGAUGCUGAGGUGGAAGGAGAUGUCUCUGCAGCUGAGGAGCUGCCUCGGUCCGAGGGGGAGAGGAGCGCAGCAGGGCCGGACGUGGCCGGCUCUCCCGGGCAGCCCCGAGCCACCUCUGCGGCUGCAGCAGGGGCUGGCACAGAUCAGCUGGCCAGCCUGGCUGCCACUGCUGACACCGUGUCCUGUGCAGAAAAGGUGCUGGAGGAAGAGAGGGAAGAAGCAGCAGCUGAUUCAAAAUCAGAGGACAGGCUGGGCAAUGGCAAACUUUCAAAGGCAUCCGGGGUCAGCAGCUGUGAGCAGGACUUGCCCGUCUCCAAGUGCUCCGACCACGAGGUGGUUCAGCCUGUGGGCUUGGGCUUCAAGACCCAGCUUUCCGAGGAGGUUCUGGAUGUGGGGACUGUGUCUCCUGAUCUGGACAGCAAGGCCCAGGAGCUGGGAGAAGAGGGAAAAGACCAAAGCAAAGGCAGUGUAGAGGAAGAGCAAAGGAAAAGACCAAAAGCUGCUGAGAGUGAGAGGGAUCUCGGUGCUUGUGAGACACCAGUGGAGAGUUCCGGGUUAGAAAAUCCCGAUGGGGCGGAGGCUGCGGAGCCGGAGGAGGGAGCCCUGGAUAGCCUGGUGGAUCCCGAGGAGCUUCCUGCCCCACACAGCGUGCAACCUGAGAAGGAAAUGGAGCAGUCCUUGAACCAGCCUAAUGAUGAAUCCCUGGAGGAAAUAGUCAAGGAGGUGGAGACGGAGCUGGAGCAAGAGGAAAUACAUUUAUUUCAAGCAAAGGAGGAGAAAAUUGAGCAAUUCCAGGAGGAGAUGAAGCAGAAGGAAGAGGAGGAGGAGGAGGAGGAAGCUGAAAAGCUUCAUCAGCAAAAAGAAAAACCCCUCAGCACCCCAGAAGAAGAUUUGGCGAAAUCUGAGCAGGAAGAGGAAGAGCUGCUUGUCAGAGAGGAAAAAGCCAAGAGACUGGAAAAGCUGCGAGCCCAGAUUGCCUCAGAGAUGGAGGCAGAGGAGGAGAGGAUGAGGGCAGAGCAGGAGGCCACGCUGCAGAAGCUGAGGGAAGAGUGGGAAUCCCAGCAGCUGGUGGAGAAGGAGAGCCUGGAGAGGAAGCAGCAGCUUGCCUUGGAGGAAAUGAAGCUGGCAGUGGAGGAAGCCAGGCAGAAGGAGAUGAGCGAGCUGGAACAAGAGAAGGAGCAGUUCCUGAGCGAGCUCAGGGAGAGGUUAGACAGGGAGAAGAGGAAGGCAGCAGAGGAGCUGGAAGAACAGUUUGCCAGUGAGCUCCAGCAGCUGAAGUCUGCAGCAGAAGAGAAGCACCACCAGGUCAUUUCCAGCCUGCAAGCCCAGCUGGCAGAGGCACAGAGCAGCCAGGAGGCCCAGCUGCGUGAGGAGCUGCAGAGGGCAGAUCAGAAAGUGCAGCAAAAAGCCCUUAAAGUGAAGGAAUACGAGCGUGAGCUCAGCGAGCUGAUGAGCGACAAACGCCGGGAAGUGGAAAAAGAGCACGAGAGGAGGAUGGAGAGGAUGAGGGAGGAGCACCGGGAGGCCCUGGCCAGGGUCCAGGAGCAGUACCAGGAGGAGGAGCGGAAGCAGAGGUCGGAGCUGCUGGAGGGGCUGCGGAGCGAGGCGGCGCGGCUGCGGCAGCUCCACGACGCCGACCUGAAGGGGCUGCAGGCAGAGCUGGAGGGGAGGCUGACUGCCCUGCAGCACAGGCACAGGGAGAAGGAAAGGAAGCUCCAGGAUUCAGAGAGAGAGCUUGAAAUCCGCAUGAAAAACAUCCAAGCCAGAUCGGAGCAGCUCCUCAGCCAGGAGGAGUCCCUGCAGAGGAGGAGGCAGCUGCUGCUGGAUGAGGACGGACGGAUGCAGCUGGAAAGAGAGGAAGCUGCUCUAGCCUCUCAGCUGCGGCUGGAGGAGAGCAGGAAGGAGCAUUCCAGCCUCCUGGAGUCCGUCCGGCAGCUGCGCAGGUCCCUGGAGGAGCUGCAGGACCAGAAGGCUGAGCUGGAGGCCCAGGUGGACUUGCUGCAGAGCCGGAGCCAGAGGCUGCAGAAACGCAUUGGAGAGCUGGAGGAAGCAAUCAGGAGCAAACAGGAGGCUCUGAAAGAACUGGAGGCAGAAGAAAGUGUGGAAUCUCCAAGAAAGAAAGCUGAGCUCCGUGUUGAAGACCUGAGAGAAGCUCCUCAAGCUCACUCGUCCAGAGAGCCCUCCCCAGCCUCUCAGAGCCCCGAGGAGAGCGUCCUGCAGUUCGAUCGGGUCCGGAGUUACCUCUCUGCCGAGGGGCAGUCCCUGCGCAGCGCCAAGGAGUUCCUGCUGCGCCAGAGCCGCUCCCUGCGCCAGCGGCGCUCGGCGCUCCGGGCUGCCAGCCUGCAGUGGCACCAGCAGCUGCACAGGGCCCAGGAGGAUGUGCAGGGUCCUGACAGCUCCCAGCUCCUGCAGGGAAUGCAGCACAACCUGGAAGAGGAGGCUAAGGAGCUGGACAGGAUGAAGUCAGCCAUGCAGAAAGGACAGGUGCUGCUGAAGAAGAAGGAGGAGAAGCUCAGCCAGCUGGAGUCCUCGCUGCUGGAGGAGCUCUCAGAUGAAGAUACACUGAAGAGUUCUGCCUGCAAGAAGGUGGUGACUUUUGAUCUGAGCACCUCUGAGGACACAAACAGCACGUCCAGUGUGAAUCUGGGCCAGUCUAGAGCUGACUUGAGAACGGAUUUCUGGCCCGUGCUGCAGCAGGACAAGAUCCAGCACCUGAGGGACUCGGUGCAGAGCAUCACCAGUGAGCUGAACGGGGUCCUGGGGCUCCUGGACUCCCUGAGCCAUCACCAGUCUCCUCUCCUCACCUCCACAGCCCGUGAGGGCGUCCUCCUUCCCACAUAUCCCUCCUUGGGAGGCCUGAGGGGGGGCAGCUCCCUGGGGAACCCCCCCAGGGUGUCCCCCCUGGACCAGUGGGCCCGGAGCAGCGGGCUCAGCUCCACUUACUCCAGCUCAGGGCAGUCAGUGGACAACAUGCUGGCAGAGAAAUGGCACAGGUAUUUCCCAGGCGGGUUCUCGUCACUCAGUGGGAGUCCUGAGCCUCUGGACAGCAAGCUGGGAUAUGUCCCUGCAGAUGAACAAAUCCGGCUCUUCCAGCAUUCCAAACUCAGUGAGCCAGAGAAGAGGAAUAUUGAGGGGAUGAUUGAGAGCAGCAAGAAAUGGCUGAAAGGCUUCAAGAAGGAGUCCAAAGUACCCCUCUCCCCGCGGGCACAGAAGCCCCCAGGCAGCAGCCCCAGCCUGCUCCAACUGAGACUGGAUGAAAACAGAGAGAUCAAGGUGUACCACUACUGAGAGAGUGGAGGAAGGAGGAAGAGAGCUUCCCAGGCGGAUUCUUCUAAUCCUGUAAUGUGUCCAAAUAUACUUUAUAGACUGUUUAAUCCAGCGGUGACAUAUCAGGGCUUCAAUAAAUCAACAUUUCCCUCAUCAGUAUUCCAGCGAUGGCGAGGCAGAGCUGUGAAUCACGGAGGACUUUGAGUAACUGGUCAAGGGGGAGGAUGUGAAUCCAGCUGAGGCUCUGCUGGAGGAAAUGUGUCAGGAAAUGAGCCUGCCCUGAUGCCCAGCAAAUGCUUGGUGGCAGGUGGGCCACGUCAGGUGGCCUCUGGCACGUGGGAGCAGCGGAACGGCUGCGGAGUCUGGGGAUAAAAUCAGGGAAUGGCACGUUCUGGCUCUUGGGCAGUGUUCUGCUUAUUUGGGGUGGGAGCAGUAGGAACUGAGGGAGAUCUGGACGAGCCCUCCCCGCUCCUCUGACACCAGGCUGUGCCUCAGAGCAGCUCUGUGCCCGUCAGGGACAGUGGCAGUGGGAGCAGGGGUGGCAGGGACACGGGCAGGGCCUGGUGCAGGCACGGCUGAGGAGCUCCGGUGCUGAGUCCUUCUGUGCCCUGGGGAGAGGGACCCAGAGCAGCUGGGAGCUCUUUCCAUGCUCCUGCUGCAGCUCCACAGGGAUCCUGUGGGAGCAGGGCCGUGGGAGCACCGGGGAGCAGCUGAGGAGCUGGGAUGAGCAGCUCCUGGAUGAGCAGCUCAGCUGUGACACAGAGGCUCAUGGCUUUGCUCACCAGCUGCUGUGGUGUUCCUCUGGAAAAGCCACAUCCAGAGGGUGUCCCAGCCUGCUGGGAUGCGUGGAACUGGCGGGGGUUUCACUCCACCCAGCGGGGAGGGGGUCAGCCUUUCAUGGGAACGCGGUGUUUGGUUGUCUUUGUCAGUAUUUCCUCCGAGCUGACUCUAAAUAUUUUAUGCUUUAAAAAGCUGUGGAGCCGCUCGCCCGUUCUGGCUGCCGAGGACACUCUGCACUUCAAGGGAGCCCAUCUGUGAGAAACCUUCUUCAAAGCCAUUCUCCUGAGACAGCUGCUGGGGGAGCUGGGAAGCUGCUGCCCCACACCGCCCGUGCUGUGUGAGCCCCUCGGGUGGGCAGUGGCGGGAGGCAGAGCCCCCUGCUCUGCUCCCACGCUGCCAUGAGCCUGGCACGUGCAAAUAGAAAUAUAUUUUUGAUGAGCAUAAUUUUAAAACUCUUAAGAAUGUAUGUAUUUUAUUUUUUUUCUUGAUGUUUUCCUAGAACUUUUUUGUAAUUACUCAACCAGCCUUAUUCCUUCCUAGGGAAGGAGGGAUCAACACACGGGUAUCCCAUCUGCUGUUGAAUUGCACAAACCCCUUCCUGUAGGGCUCUUGAUUUUGGUGUACUGGGUGCUCAGAGGACACAUGGCAGUCCUUGCAGUGAGGGGAUUUAGAAGGGACCCCACAGUUGAGGUUGCUGUGGCCAAAGCCGUAUCACUGAGCCCAUUCUGUAUCUGGGGAGAAGCGUGCAUUAGUGGUGCAGGGAAAUUCCAGUUUUUUUAACAAUAACUUGGUUUGAAACACGCUCCUUUUUCCUGUUAAAACCUGGGAUGGCAGCUGUAUCUGGUUUUGUAUAAAUUAAAUCAACAUGAGCCUG